AUGAACAAACAGCUGUCUGAUAAGUUUCUGAGAUGCAUAAGCCAUGAAAGAGAGCAGGAUGUUGAGGUUACAAGCCGGAUUCUCAAGGGCUUGCCGUUGCCAAAGUUAGUGGACGCUGGUUAUGCGAUCUCGAAUUUGACCAUGGAAAACCUGAGAACAGGGUUGGGUGGUAAACUGUAUUUGGAAUUGGGGCCUGACCGUGCUAUUAGUGAUGAAAUUAGCAGAGGUGAUAUCAAGUCCGGCGACAUUGUUCUGAUUAGACCCAAGCUCUCUUCGACAGCGGGCUCUAAAAAGAAUAGAAAUGAUGGAAAAGAAGCUCAAGAGUUCGAAUGUAAUGGUGUGGUAUUCAAGAUCACAGAUAGCCAAAUGGUCAUUUCCAUCGAUGAAAGCCAGGAAGAUGCUGCAUCUGGGCUUUCGACAUUCACUCGUCUGUUCGUGCUAAAGACCACCAAUACCAUUACUUAUAAAACUAUGGAGUCAUCCAUGCGAAAGCUUGCAGAGCUUGAUGGUCUCGCAAGCAAUAAGAUCGUUCAAUAUUUGCUCAAUAGUAGGCCUUUUCUCCAGCAGCCGCCAGCCAGCAACGUAACGUUCAACAACGCAUCGUUAAACGCCUCUCAGCAAGAAGCAAUCAGAUUCGCUUUAGCGAAUGAUAUAUGCAUUAUACAUGGUCCACCGGGAACUGGGAAAACGUAUACUUUGGUGGAGCUGAUACAGCAGCUGCGCGAGAAGGGUCAGCGUAUACUGGUCUGUGGACCUUCUAACAUGGCUGUAGAUACUAUCCUGGAACGGCUAGCCAAAGUCUUGCCUGGCAAUGAACUUCUGAGAAUUGGUCACCCAGCUCGACUUCUGGACACUAACCUGGCGCAUUCACUUGAUUUGCUAAGCAGGAAUGGGUCCGCUGGGGAGAUAGUGCAGGAUAUCAGAAAUGAGAUUAACCAAAAGAUUAUCUCCACGAAGAAGACAAAAUCAUCAAAGGAGCGCAAACAGGGUUGGAAUGACAUCAAAGAGCUCCGUAAGGAGCUAAAGCGCAGGGAGCAGAAAGUGGUAGUCGAUCUUAUUCUGCAGGCCAAAGUUAUAGUAGCAACUUUACACGGGUCCAACAACCGAGCACUGUGCUCGCUGUACAGCCAUAUCCCACGUCUUUUUGACACAUUGAUAAUUGAUGAAGUAUCUCAGAGUUUAGAGCCGCAGUGCUGGAUUCCUCUAGUGUCUCAUUAUAAAUCCGACAUAAGCAAGCUUGUACUCGCUGGUGACAACAAGCAACUGCCUCCCACAAUCAAGACAGAGGACGAUGCCAGCGUGCAGAAGACUCUAGGAACAACCCUUUUUGAUAGACUGGUUAGCUAUUACGGGAACACCUUCAGGAAGCUAUUAAAAGUGCAGUAUCGUAUGAACGAAAGUAUCAUGAAAUUUCCAUCUAGCGCUAUGUAUGAUGGUGAACUCAUUGCGGCCACCCUGGUGGCCAACAAAGUAUUGUCUGAUCUGCCAGGCGUUGACGCUAAUGAUGAUACCACUGUUCCAUUUAUAUGGUAUGAUACUCAGGGAGAUGAGUUCAUGGAGAGCACUGACCAGGAAGAGCAUAUUGUGUCUUCCAAGUUCAACGAGAACGAAGGACUCUUGGUGAGAGCUCAUAUUGAGAAACUAAUUCAGAGCAAUGUACCGCAAGAGGCCAUUGGAGUCAUUGCACCCUAUAGUGCACAAGUGACACUUCUGAAGCAUCUGAUUCACAAUAUGUUCCCGCAAAUCGAAAUUUCAACCGUGGACGGCUUUCAAGGAAGAGAAAAGGAGGUAAUUAUACUUUCGCUAGUGCGCAGCAAUAGCAAGUUUGAGGUUGGGUUCUUGAAGGAGGAGAGACGAUUAAAUGUGGCGAUGACGAGACCAAAGAAGCAGCUUUGUGUUGUAGGCAAUGUGGAAACCUUAGAAAAAUCUGGACAGAAGUUUCUAAAAGACUGGGCAGAAUUUGGUGAGGAAAAUGCUGAUAUAAGAUAUCCAGAUAUCGGGGAUUAUCUAUGA